GCUGAAAAUGCCAAAAAUUACUAAGAAAAGGACCAAAAAAGCAGCCUCAAAAAAGACCAAAACCAUUAAGACCAAAAAAGUCACGGAAAAGGACACAGUCGAUACUUCUACCACAAAACCAUCUGUAGAACUGAAGAAAGUUAAGAUUUCAAGGAAGAAGAAACCGAAGAAGAUACUGAAGAAGGUAGAUACCCAAGAGAGUAAGGAAAAGAAGAAGGAUGUGAGUCAGGAGAAAGAGGAGAAGAAGGCUGAGGUAGUGAAGAAGGUAGAGGAAAAGCCCGAUGAGAAGAUGAAUGAGAAGGUUGAUAAGAAAGUGGAAAAGAAGGAAUCAAAGUCACCGAAAAAGGUUCAAAAAAUGAAAAGCCCAAAGAAGAUUGCAGUUAAAUUGAAAGAUAAGACAAAAUCUCCUCCAAAAAAGGCUAAAUCAUCCCCAAAAACCACAAAAUCCCCUUCUAAAACUCCCAAAUCCCCUUCAAAACCCUCCAAAAAGCCAAAAAUCGACCACUCCCUCUACGCCCCCAAAAAACUCCCUUUCCUGUACACAUUCUCACACCACAUCCUCCCUUACUACCACUACUCCCCUCAAAACCGUCUCUUACUCCUCCUGCUCACAAAAUCCUCCCAAAAAUCCUUCCUCAAGCACGAGCUCACCCUCCUCCCUCUCUACACACCCCUGCCCAUAACCCUAACGCCCAGUACCCUCUCCAGCUUCCCUCCUUCCACAUUCCCCUUCUCCUACUUCUCCCUCUCCAUAAUCCAACCGUACAUAAAAUCCCACUUCCCAGCCCUCCUCGACCAAAUCCUGUCCCUCAUAAAAUCCCCUUCGUCCUUCAGUCCUUCCCAACGGCUCUUGACCAUCGACCGGUUCUGGGUCUACCGCCUUAGCCCAGCUAAGGAGGUGACCGUCCUCGGUCACCUGCGCAAGGGCAAGGCUGAAGUGCACGAAGCGUAUGAUAGUAAGGACAAGUUGGAUUAUUGGGUGACUGAGAAGGAAUGUGGGUAUCUGGUUAAGCCGGAUCUGAGGGGGAAGAAUACAGUGGCGAUGGUCAGUGGGGAUAAGAGCGAGGAGAAGGAGAUGGUGGAGGUGUUCGCGUUUGAGUAUAAGGAGAAGGAGGACUGGCUGAAGAGGAAUGAGGUGAGGAUAAGGAGGUUUGCGAUUAGGGGAUUGAGUAAGGAGAAGUGUAAGGCGCUCUUGGAGUGGAAUAGGCUGAAGGUGGAGAGUUUUUGUAUACAACCUUGUUAUAAUAAUCUGGAUUGUUUUGAGAAGUUGAGUAAGACGAUUGUUGAUACAUGCAGACAUCUGACGAUUGGGUAUAAUUUCAAGGAUAAGCCACUCAAUACUCCUCAAGGGAAUAAAGCAGCAGAAGGACUUCGAAAAACCUUAGCAUUUUUGCCAAAUUUGGAAUCUUUGACUAUCUGGGGAUAUCCAGUUUCAACAGCAAUGGAAACUUUAGCAAAGGUUCAGACAAAGAUAAAAACAGUCAAGGUCUAUUCAUCAAGAUACAGGAAUUUCAUGUUUGACACAAAGCCUGGAGAAAUGCACACCAAACCUGGAGUAUUUGAAUACAGAAAUACUUCUUUACUUUACAGAAUUGAGCACACCAAAGGAUUUUUCUUGUAUGACGACUGAGGAUCACCUAUCCAAAAGGAUAGAUCUACCAUAAGAGAAGAUUUUCUUGAACUAAGAGCAUUCAGUAUUUUCCAAAUCAGAGGACUAAAAUCAAUCAAAUCCUUCACGGAUAUCGCUAGGAAUUCAAUAACAUUGAAGAGUUGAACUAGCCCGUGCUUUGUAGUACCAAAGAAUUCUAUAAAAGAAGCUUUCAUUGAGCACAAAAAGGCCUUAUGCUCCCAUAUAAGUUACUUCGAGAAGGCGUUGCCCAAUGUGAAUAGGAUAUACUGCGAGAUCAACAGUUUACCAAAAUGGGAUUUCAUUAAAGCUAUUCUUCCGAAAUUCAUAUGGUAUGAUCUGACAGUGAGUGUGUAUAUAAAAUCACCUAAAGAGCAAGCAUACCUGUUUGACUGCCUUAAGCAGCAAAAAUAUAUGAGUCACCUUAGACUAGUUAUUAGAAACCCAGACAUGAUGUAUCAGUUGCUGAAGAAAAUCAAGAAAAUUGUUGCACACACUCUUUUUGAAAUUGUCAUCGUUGAUCUCAUUGAGGAAAACAAACCUGAAGAACCCAAAGCUAAGCAGGAUAACAAGGAUUCAGAAAUGAAGGAUGAUACUCAAGAUCAGAGUGCAAAAGAUGUGAAGAAGGAUAAAGACAAUACAAAAGAUAGCAAGCAAGAUGAAGAGACUAAGGAUUUGAACAGCCCUAAAGAGGACUUAAAGCCAACGAAGUUAUCAUCUGAAGCACUAAAGGCGAUUGAGAACCCUCCUGCUUCAACCCCUAAGCCUGCCUUACCGACUAAGAAGUUAAAAGAAGAUCCUGAGCCUGUUUACACACACUGGUGGUCAGAUUGGAAAUCUGAGCAUAAAGUAUGGGCUACUUAUCUCUCCCAUAGAGCUAAGAUUAUCAUCGAGCAAGACCCGAAGAUGCCAAAAGUGAUCAACAUGACUAAAAUCAGGACUUAUUGUGAAGAAGAGUGUUAAUUUUUGCAAAUUUUG